UACGCAUGCGCAUCAUUGAUAACCUGAUGGCUCUGUCUGCUGACAAGGGACACUCGCCUUUCCCCAGCUCCGAACGGGCCGUGUGCGGCUUCGCUCUCUGGCUAGUUUCGUUCCUCGCCCUGGGUGUAUUCCUGAUGUGGGCAUUUGUGCCAGACACGUGGUUGACAGCUAUCGGCUUCUCCUACUUGCCUCACAAGUACUGGGCAGUUGCUUUUCCAUCCUUUGUAAUAGUUAGUGCGCUAGUGGGAGUGGUCAUGUAUGCUGGUUUGAACUGCAUGAUGGUGGUACCAUUCAAUGACCCAAGAUCUGUACAAGAUCCUUGUCCCCAGUUUCCAUCGUCCAGCCCCUCCCAGCCACACUCCAUCCCUCCUCUCAGAGACCUGGACAUCUCCCAGGUCAACAGAGUACUUUACCACCGUCACCACUCCUCUGACCCACAAACACCCACUCACCCACUGUCUCACGGCAGAUCAUUUUAGCAACCAUGUCAUAAUUCCAUUUCAAUCUUAGUCAUAAUGUGUUUAAAUGAUUAAUGUUGGCG